ACGAGGCUUGGUAGUGUUGUCAGCCGGCCCAGUUGCUGCUGUUAGAAUACAGAAGGGAGGGAGAGACUAGAGUUGUGCUUGUUACCUGUGGGAUAAAGGAAGAAGAGAUCAGCCUCACCUUGUCCAUCUUAGAUUUGCUUUUAUUUGUUACUAGCGAUUGUUCAUGUAAUGCACUCCCUUAACCAGGAAAUUAGAGCAUUCUCUCGGACUAAUCUCAGGAAGCAAUGCACCAGGGUGACAACAUUAACUGGGAAAAAAAUUAUAGAAACGUGGAAAGAUGCCAGAAUUCACGUUGUGGAAGAAGUUGAGCCUGGCAGUGGGGGUGGCUGUGGUUAUGUGCAGGAUCUAAGCCUGGACCUGCAAGUUGGUGUUAUUAAGCCAUGGUUGCUUCUGGGAUCACAAGAUGCUGCUCAUGAUUUAGAUACAUUGAAAAAACACAAGGUUACUCAUAUUCUCAAUGUUGCCUAUGGAGUUGAAAAUGCUUUCCUCAAUGACUUUACAUAUAAGAACAUUUCUAUCCUGGAUCUACCUGAAACCAAUAUCAUAUCUUAUUUUCCAGAAUGCUUUGAAUUUAUUGAAGAAGCCAAAUUGAAGGAUGGAGUGGUUCUUGUUCAUUGCAAUGCAGGAGUUUCUAGGGCUGCUGCAAUUAUAAUCGGCUUCCUGAUGAGUACUGAAGAAAUCACAUUUACCAGUGCCUUUUCUUUGGUGAAAAAUGCAAGACCUUCUAUAUGCCCAAAUUCUGGCUUCAUGGAACAACUUCGAGCGUAUCAACAGUGAAAAAAAAAUAAGGGAAUAAGUAAUUGGGCAUAAUACAAUUCAGGAAACAGAUUAAGCCAACAGUUUGUGAGACAGCAUUGUAACAGAUGAUGUGAAAUUAUAACUUCAGAAUUGACCUUUUAAAACCAAGUUUUUAGGAUAGAAUGGCAGAAGCCAAAUCCUUUCCUUUUGCUACUCUUAAAGUGGAAACUGAUGUGGCCUAAUUAUUUUGAGCUUCAUCCUAAAUGAAUUUUUAAAAAUAGUGUUGUUUAGUCUUCCAUGUGAUGGAAUGCUUUUCUGAAUUGCAUAGACCAGAUAACAUUGGUAUUACUGAUUGGGUUAACUUCUUUGGAGGAAAAUGGUAUAAGUGGACUUGAGGUCUGUAUUUGAACACUGAAAGAAGAAUGAAUUAAUUGUUGAAUACUUUUGGUGUUUUUUCUAUUCCAGCAACUGUUCUCAUGAAGAGAGAUAUGAUGAAACACUGCUUGAUUUAUACAUAUAUUUAGAAAAAGAGAGUUAUCACCUUAGAAAGAUUUCUUUGUCUGCAUUUCUUUUCAGAUAAAAAUAAAUAGCUCAGAAUCCCCGAAGGACACAUUUACAACCAAAAGUUUUAUUCAAUUAUACAAUUGUAAUGUACAUAGCACUUGAAUAUCCUUUCAUCAGAAUUUAUUGCCUUGUAAUUUUUUAGGUUUUAUAUAUUAAAAUUUUUUUUUUGGUCCUUUAUCUGUUUGGUAGCUUUUGUCCCCAGCUCCAUUUGUUUCCCCUCCUACCUCUUACAUACAGGCACUUACAAUAUGUUUUAAUUUAUAUGUUUUACUGUCAGUUGACAUCUCCUCUCUUUCUAGGUUCCUUUUAUAUUUUUGUUGGGUCCUAUUUUAUAAAGUUUUUGGAAGCAUUAGAUUUCUGACAAAUAUUCUUUAUACCAAACGACCUAUUUGUCGUAUGUAAACUUAAAGCUCACACAGAUAAUAAAACAAAAAUAUUCAGACUCAGUUUCACUUGAUAUUGUUCACUUCUAUUGCAUAUAAUUCUUCAAGAAAAAAAAUCAAAAGGUAAAAAUUUAAUAAAUAAUUUAGUCCUAGUUCUCAUGGAACCUGGACACAUUCUCAAGCUCAACUCUGACUCUAGGCCUUGAAAGAAUUAUUUAAUUAUCUUUGUUGUUGUUCUCUAUUUGGGAAACACUGAUCUCUGAAUAUAACAAAACCACCUAAAGAUUUUCUUUUUUAGCUCUUUGAAACUUUUAUGAAAAAAAAAACCAAAAGCAUUGUUUCUGUUAAUAUAUUGCUGGUGAUAACAUAAAAUAUACAUCCCUAAUCUUGUUCAUGAAAUUUAUUUUAAGAGUUUUUCAUUAAUAUUUUGUUUUUGUUUUUGUUUGUUUUGGGGGGGCAUUUUUUUUCAGGGCAAUGAGGGUUAAGUGACUUGCCCAGGGUCACACAACUA